AUGUUUGGAUCGGGAUUCAGUUUUGGUGGAGGAAAUAAUUCCACAGGUGCUGGUACUGCAUCUACUGGUGGCACCACAGGUGGUGGUGUUUUUGGCGCGGCGAAGCCAGCUGCCUCUAGCUUUUCGUUUGGAUCAGGCGGUUCGUCUGGGACUGGAACCACUGGAUUUGGUCAGAAUCCCACGGGUACAUCUAGUGUGUUUGGUCAGCAACAGCAGCAGAUGACUCAACCAGUGCAGCAGAGUUCUGGCUUCAGUUUUGGGGCUCCGAAGCCUGCUACUGGCAACUUGUUUGGUAAUAACAGCUCUGGCAACUCAGCUUCUGGCAACUUGUUUGGCAAUAACAGCAGCGGAAACACGCCUACAAGCAACUUGUUUGCUAAUAACAAUUCAGCGUCCACUUCGGGAAACAUUUUUGGUGGAGGUAACGCAAUUAAUGCGAACUCUGCUCCCAACACAGCCUCGAACGCACCAUCUGGUGGCCUCUUUGGAAACAAUUCCACAGGCUUUGGAGCUAAUACCAAUACCGGCAGCUCUGUUUUUGGCAACAACAAUUCGAAUACCGGAUCUGCGAGUCUUUUUGGAAACAGUGGCGCCAAAACCGGGAUGUUUGGUGCUUCCAGUCAGACAAAUAAUGCGUUCUCACAACCAAACGGACUGGGUUUCGGGACAAAUGUGCAGCAGCAACAACAGCAACAACAACAGCAACAGCAACAGCAGCAAUUGCCUGAAAUCACGCUCACCUCAAUGACCAAAGUAAGCGAUUUGCCGGAGAUGUUCCAGAAGGAAAUCGAGGAGAUGGACAAGUACAUCCAGAGCCAGGUUAACAUCUCGGAAUUAUUGAAGAGUGAUCAGGAUACACACAGAGAACUUGUGGAUAGUGUUCCACGUGAUAUCCAGUUUCUGGUUUCGAAAUACGUUUCGGUGAACCAGGCAUUGAACAACGACUCCAAGUUCGUGACCAACUUCAAGGCUAAGGUGCUCGAGGAGUUCAACGAUUGGGUGGAAAAGCUCGUAAAGCUGUAUUGGCAGCUAACCAAUCCUGUUUUGCUGAAUAAUGCCAACGGAAAUAUCCGCAAUCCGAGCGUCACACAGGCCAAUAGUGCUGCGCCGUUGAACGCUCCUACCAUCUUGAAUCAAUACUACGUGACCAAGAUCGAGGAAAUGAAGGGAUCCAUUGAGAAAUACCAAGGGAUACUACAAGAAAUUGAAAAUUCGGUCAAUGACAUGGACAAAGUGGCCACCGGUGCUGGCUACGCCUAUGACGGUCAUGGUUUUGGUCAAACCCACAACCUGGAGUUAGUUGCACAAGCUUUGAAGGAAGAGUUUAAGUUAUAUGUGGGAUUGGCCAACAGUCUCGCAGAAACGCAUCAUGAUGUUAAAAGUUUGGCGGGGGUAUUCUAA